CUGACCCAGCUGGAGAGGCACCUCUGGACAGCAGCACCUGCAGUCAUGUUCAACUACCUGGCAGUGGAGGUGAGACCCCAGUCCCACCGCAGCUACCUGGGCCAGCAGGGAGUGUCUGGGCCACUGAGGAGCUGCCUGGAGCAGCUGAAGAAGCCGUGGUGGAGGGAGCCCACCCCACUGGUGCUGCAGCACAGCGAGACAGCCAGGCUGGCCAUUGAUGCCUUCCUGGAGCAGGGGGAGCGCGGCUACCUGGGCGCCAUUGCCGGGGAACGGGAGCUGCCCUUUCUGUCCCACCUGGACAUGGAGUACAUGAGCCAGCAGAGAAGCCAAAGCUUCCCAGAUCCCAGCUCAGUGAAGGACAAAGAGGCCGAGCCCAGCGACGAGGAUGCCGGGGACGCGUCUUCCCUCAACUCUGAACUCACCUCCGGCACCUACUUCCCGCUCAUGUCUGACGUGCACCCUCCAGAGCUGGAGCUGGGCUGGCCGGGGACCCCGCUCCUCUCCGUGGCUGGGCACACUCAGGCCACCGUGGUUUUCCAGAGGAACAAGGCCAACAGCAUCAAGGACCUGCUGCGCUCCCUCAUCAGCCGCGCGCGGACGGUGAUAGCAAUUGUGAUGGAUCUGUUUACAGACAUGGAGAUCCUGUGUGACCUGCUGGAGGCCUCGAGCAGACGCCACGUCCCUGUCUACCUGAUCCUGGACGAGGAGAACCUGAAGCAUUUUGUGGAGAUGUGCAAUAAAAUGGCUCUGACUCAGGACAACUUCCCAAACAUGCGUGUCAGGUGUCUGGCUGGGGACACCUACUACAGCAAGGCUGGCAAGAAGUUUGCAGGGCAAGUGCUGGAGAAGUUUAUCCUGAUUGACUGUGACCAAGUUCUUGCUGGUACCUACAGUUUCACCUGGCUGUGCAGCCAAGUCCACACCAGCCUGGCCACCCACUUCCGUGGGCAGAUUGUUGCGGAGUUUGAGAAGGAAUUCCGGUCCCUGUACGCGGAGUCCAGGGCAGUGAGCAGCUUCUGCCUGCCGGGCCCUGGGGCCUGCCCCUCUGCCCAGGGCACCCCCAAAGCUGCCAGCUCCCUUCUGAAACCCACGCAGGUGAACAACACCGAAACCUCCAGCCCCUCCAGCAGCCUGUCCAACGUCAGCAUCAGAAGCAUCAAAAUGUCUCCCUUCCUGAAAAACUCCAGCUGCAACACGCACCAGGAAAAGCAGGAUUCAGGCUCCGACCCUGGCACCAGGAAGGGGAAUGAGGACGUGUCCCUCAGGCCCGCUGGCCCCAAGCAGCAGGGAGAGCCACCAGACUCACGGAGCAGCCCUCCAAAUAAACCCAGCCCAGCCUUGUACCACAAACCCAACCUCCUGACACCGAGGACAUUCUUGCAGGCAGAGCCUUCCCCUGCCCCGAGCUCCAGCAAAGCUGCUCACCAAGGGUCCAGCAAGGCCACCAGCAGCCCCUGCUCCCCUCGGCGCCAGGAGCAGACCCCCCAGACCCGUUCAGAUGGUGCCAGCAGCAACGGGACCAGCACAAAGCAGAAAGGGCCCCCUGGUCCCUCCGGGGAACCCGCAGCAGAAACCGACCCCACCUUCUGUGGGGUGGAAAAAAGACAGAGUCCCAGACAAGGAAAACUGGACCUGCUGUCCCCCUACGGCCAGUUAAAACGAGACAGGAAGGCUGGAGUGCCCUGCUACGAGCAGCUCCCCGAGGACGUGCUGAUGGAGAAGACCAGUGCGUACGGGGCUGAGAAGAGGAUGACCCUGGGGCACAGCAAGCUGGACCUGAUCACCAAGUACAACAAGCUCAAAUCUAAACACAUACACAGCAGGUUCGAGCUCUGA